GGCUUUGAGUGCUCCUGUUUCCCGCGGGAUCGCGGGUCCCGUUCCUUCCCUCCCGGGCAUCGCUCCCGGUCCCGGGUCCGCCCAUGGACGCGUUCGUGGUCAAACUGCCCCGCGGGCCGGCGGAGGAUGGCGGCGGCAGCAGCGGCGGGAAGAGGCCGCGGCUGGAGAAGCCUGGCCCGGAGCGACCGCCGGCGCGGGAGAUCCGUGCCGAGGGGCUCAGCUGUGAUUACCGCAUCCUCUUCGGCAAGGCCGAGGCGGACGAGAUCUUCCAGGAGCUGGAGAAGGAGGUGGAGUAUUUCGAAGAUGAGAUGACAAAGCUGCAGGUUUUUGGCACAUGGCACAAGAUUCCCAGGAAGAAGGUGACCUAUGGAGACCCUGGCCUGUCCUACACUUACUCAGGGGUCACGUUCCACCCCAAGCCCUGGAUCCCGGUGCUGAGCCGGAUCCGGGAGCGCGUCACCUUGGAGACAGGACACACCUUCAACUUCGUCCUCAUCAACAGGUACAAAGAUGGCCUGGACCACAUCGGGGAGCACCGUGACGACGAGAAGGAGCUGGUUCCCCUCAGCCCCAUCGCCUCGGUGUCCUUCGGAGCCUGCCGGGAUUUCGUGUUCCGGCGCCGGGAGCAGCGGGGCCGGGGAGGAGCUCGGGGCCCGGCGAGGAUCUGCCUGCAGCUGGCCCACGGCAGCCUGCUCCUCAUGAAGCACCCCACCAACGUGCACUGGUACCACAGCCUGCCCCCACGCAGGAGGGUGCUGGCCCCCAGGGUCAACCUCACCUUUAGGAAUGUCCUGCCCGUCUCCAAGAGGGGAAAUGUUCAGCCAGGGGGGCCUUUGGGCUCUGAAAAGUGAAUUUAGUUCCUGCUGGAACUGUGGAUGCACCUGCUCUGAAGUUUUAGUUCCUGCUGGAACUGUGGAUUCAUCUGUUCCAGCAGGUGAAUUCUGGAUUCACCUCCUGGUCCAUCACCUAAUGCACAAAAUUUAAUAAUUUUGCUGCUGAAG